UGCGGACCGCCAUAAUACCAAAGAAGAAGAAGUAGCUAGCUUGGCUAACCAUAUCAGCGGUGCUGUGUGACACAUUUUCGUGAAGCCUUUGAACAGCGUUGCCAUCCAGACCUUUUUGCCAAGACUGAGCUCUAGGACCAGACAUGGCACGUGGUCAUCAAAAAGUCCAGUCUCAGCAGAAGAAUGCCAAGAAACAAGCGGAGGCCAAGAAGGCCAAGGGACAUGAUCAGAAGACGGCCGCUAAGGCAGCUUUAGUGCACACCUGCGGUGUCUGCCUGUCACAGAUGCCGGACCCCAAAACCUUCAAGCAGCAUUUUGAGAGUAAACAUCCCAAAUCACCAAUGCCCCCAGAGCUGGUCGAUGUAGACUCUGGCAUCUGAUCCGGACUCCCACUGAAGACCCCAGCUAUGUUCCUUGUUUAAGGCAAACUGUCAAUGCAGAAAACAAACCCGUCUCUCUCUGAUGCACACCCUCAUACAGAAAACAAACCCCUCUCUCUGAUCCACACCCUCAAACAGAAAACAAACCCCUCUCUGAUCCACACCCCCAAACAGAAAACAAACCCCUCUCUCUGAUCCACACCCUCAAACAGAAAACAAACCCCUCUCUGAUCCACACCCCCAAACAGAAAACAAACCCCUCUCUGAUCCACACCCCCAAACAGAAAACAAACCCCUCUCUCUGAUCCACACCCUCAAACAGAAAACAAACCCCUCUCUGAUCCACACCCUCAAACAGAAAACAAACCCCUCUCUGAUCCACACCCCCAAACAGAAAACAAACCCCUCUCUGAUCCACACCCCCAAACAGAAAACAAACCCCUCUCUGAUCCACACCCUCAAACAGAAAACAAACCCCUCUCUCUGAUCCACACCCUCAAACAGAAAACAAACCCCUCUCUCUGAUCCACACCCUCAAACAGAAAACAAACCCCUCUCUCUGAUCCACACCCUCAAACAGAAAACAAACCCCUCUCUGAUCCACACCCCCAAACAGAAAACAAACCCCUCUCUGAUCCAUACCCUCAAACAGAAAACAAACCCCUCUCUCUGAUCCACACCCUCAUACAGAAAACAAACCCCCUCUCUCUCUGAUCCACACCCUCAUACAGAACCCCCCCCCCUCUCUCUGAUCCACACCCUCAAACAGAAAACAAAUCCCUCUCUCUGAUCCACACCCUCAUACAGAAAACAAACCCCUCUCUCUGAUCCACACCCUCAUACAGAAAACAAACCCCUCUCUCUCUCUGAUCCACACUCUCAUACAGAAAACAAACCCCUCUCUCUCUCUCUCUUUGAUCCACACCCUCAAACAGAAAACAACCCCCUCUCUCUUUGAUCCACACCCUCAAACAGAAAACAACCCCCUCUUGUUAAAUGCCUAAUGUCUCUUUGGUUGAUCUUUCAUCCUAGUUUCCAGUUUCUCCCUGUGGAUUACCUAGAAAUAGACACAAUCUCUUUCAUUGUUUCCUUUUAGUUUCUAAUUGAAUGUUGGGUAGAAUGGAGCAGAUGGCCAUUCCCAGCUGUGAGGUUGAUCCCUGAUCUGGUGUUGGGUCUGUAGCAUUCGUCUCUUCUAGCUCUAAUCAAUGCUUUGUUUUUGGCUGAUCAAACCCAUCAUUUUUGACAGCGAUGAUCCAAGCUGAAACAUGUUGUGACUUUGUUUUCUAAUUCACAUCAAACUCCUCAGCAUAAUUUGUACACUUGGAAAAUGCAUUCAUGCCCCAAUGAUGUAAUAUAACAUUCAAUAAAGUUGGCUUUGUUUAGUAUCUGCUUCAUCAGGUGGCGGAGCUCUGUAAUGGAAA